AUGACGGAAGUGACGUCAACGACGGAGAGACUGAAGGCAAGAGUGCUCGACGGCUACGACACGACGAUCCGGCCCGUGCACGAUGAGGGACGACGCCAUCAACGUCACGAUCGCUCUGAACAGCUUCGCCCUUCUGCUCGUCGAUCCGGCCCAGGAGACAGUCACCUUUUUCUGCCGAGUUCACUCUCACCUGGCGGGACGCUUUUUCUCCACUGGGACCCUCUUCUCGAGAACAUCUCUUGGAUAAAAACUGAAGGAGGACCUGGUUUGGACCCCCGACACAACAGUAUCCACAAGGUGAGACGUUUUUCUUGGUCGAACUUCGAGUCUUUCAGCAUCUCCAUGACGGCCCUCCUCGAGUCUUCCAAACGCUACGUCGACCUGAGAUAUGACGGAACGAUUCGACAAAGCCUUUACGCAGCUUUCGUCAACUUAUGCAACAUGGACGUGUGUUUUUCAACACUAACUGACUUCAUGGUUUUUGAAUAG